CAUCAUUUACAUCCCUCGUGCUUCUUCUUAUAUUGUGCUUCAAAUUCUUAGUUGUUCUUACCAAACCACGAACCUUAGUUCAACUGGUUAGUUGAUUACUCUAGUCACAUACACAGAAUGGCUGAAUCUUCCAUCAACGAUUCAUUUUCAAGCCAUCCCCAUCUAGAUUUGACUGAGAUUGUUGUGGUGCGUCACGGUGAAACAGCAUGGAAUGCUCAAGGACUGAUUCAGGGACAAGCGGACAUUGAAUUGAAUGAAGCUGGAAGAAUGCAAGCAGCAGCAGUGGCUAAGAGACUAUCCAGGGAACCAAAGAUCUCUGCUGUAUAUUCUUCUGACGCUCAACGAGCACUAGAAACAGCACAGAUAAUUGCAUCCACAUGUGGAGGCCUAGAGGUUUUCAAGGAUUUUGACCUUAGGGAAAGACAUAUGGGGGAACUUCAAGGUCUUGUUUAUCAUGGACUAGAAAAGACUAAUCCCAUAGGUUACAAGGCUUUGAAGUCCGAGGAUGAAAAUCAAAAAAUUCCAGGCGGUGGAGAAAGUAUUGUUCAACUAUUUGAACGCUGCAAAUCUGCAUUGUUAAGGAUUGGCAGAAAUCAUAAAGGGGAAAGAGUAGUUGUUGUCAGUCAUGGAGCCUCCAUCCACACACUUCACAAGUGGGCAUGCCCAAAUGAAAGGUCUACACAUAUACACAACACUUCCAUUAGUGUUUUUCAUUUGUAUGGUGAAGACAAAUGGACCUUGAAAAUUUGGGGUGAUGUUAGUCAUCUCAACCAAAAUGGGUUUCUGCAGUCUGGUUUUGGGGGUAACAAAACUUCUGCCUAGGCUGUAAUGCUCUGUUUCCUAUCUGAUGUUAAUGAAGAUCUAAAGGAAAGAGAAGAAAGAAAGGAAAGGAAUAAUUUGGCCCCUAUCAUGGGCAUGAAAUUGUUCAUAUUUGAUUUGUACCUUAGUACCAAAAUUUAUGUUACCAUCACUGUUUAAAGGGUACAAACGGCUAGACAAUAAUAUAUUUUUGUGAGGUUUAUAAAUUA